ACCUGCUGGUGCCAUGAGCGGGGAGGGGUGAAUAGCGGCACCACCUCCCCCGGUCCCUUCCCGGCAGGAUGAGGGGUAGAGAGGAGGGUGACGCCCCUCGAGAGAGGGGCUGCAGGUGCCCGGAACCACGGCGGCCGCGGGUGGGCGUCCCCCGUCCCCCCUGGGAGCCGCCGUGAGGCAGGACCGCGGUGGGGAGGGAAACCGAGUUUGCGGCGCCGCUGCCGCCGGUGCGCGGGGGCAGGAGCGGGAGCGGGCGAGCGGAGGCACCGCCGGCACAGCAGCCCCGCCGGGCCGUCCCUGCGCAGCCCCCGGCCGCCCACCCACCAGCCCCGAUCGCCGCCGGCGGGGUCGGGCCGGGGGUAGGUGGGAGCGGCGGGGGCGGGCGGCAGCCUCGGGGGUCGUCGCCAUGACGAGCGGGCGUGCCGCCGCCUCCCGCCGCUGAGCGGGGCGGCCGCUGUCCCUUCAGCACCGCGCGGCCGCCCGGGCCGCCCCGCCCUGCCCUGCCCGGCACCUGCACCCCGCCGGCACGGGCACCCACCGGCACUGGCAGAGCAUCCCCCCAGCACCCCCUCGGCACCGGCAUCCCAUCGGCACCGGCAUCCCCCCGGCACCGGCAUCCCCCCGACACCUCACCAGCACCGGCGCCCCCGGGCAGCGAAGCGAGCCCUGGCGGCCCCCGCGGGCGGCGGCGAUGGCGGGCGGGGGCCGGGGGCGACGGGGCGCGCCGGCUGGGGGCCGCGGCCGCUGAGGCAGCAGGUAUUCAUUCCCUACACACCUUUGGAAGGAGCUCACUAUGACAGGGCAGAGUCUGAAUGCUUUAUCUGAAGCGAAUUUUGAAGACAAUGAGAUUAGCAUCAACGUUGGAGGCUUUAAGAAAAAGAUGAGAUCCAACACAUUAUUAAGGUUCCCUGAGACGAGGCUGGGCAAAUUGCUGAGCUGCCACUCAAAGGAGUCGAUACUGGAGCUUUGCGAUGACUAUGAUGAUACCAAGAAUGAAUUUUAUUUUGACAGGAACCCUGAGCUCUUUCCUUAUGUGCUACAUUUUUAUAACACCGGCAAGCUCCAUGUGAUGGGUGAACUCUGUGUGUUUUCUUUCAGCCAGGAGAUUGAAUACUGGGGAAUCAAUGAAUUCUUUAUAGACUCCUGCUGCAGUUAUAGCUACCAUGGGAGGAAAAUGGAGCCAGACCAAGAGAAAUGGGAAGAACAAAGUGACCAGGAAAGUACCACAUCUUCUUUUGAUGAGAUUUUGGCAUUCUACAAUGAUGCCUCUAAAUUUGAUAAACAACCCUUUGGAAACAUCAGGAGGCAGCUCUGGCUUGCUUUGGAUAACCCUGGGUACUCAGUUUUAAGCCGCAUCUUCAGUGUCCUUUCAAUAGUGGUGGUGCUGGGCUCCAUCGUGACCAUGUGCCUGAACAGCCUCCCAGACUUUCAGAUUGUUGACAGUAAUGGGAACCUCGACGAAGACCCUCGCUUUGAAAUCGUGGAACAUUUUGGUAUUGCAUGGUUCACUUUUGAACUGGUGGCAAGAUUUGCAGUAGCUCCUGACUUUUUAAAAUUUUUCAAGCAUGCCCUGAAUUUGAUUGACCUAAUGUCUAUCCUUCCAUUUUACAUUACAUUAAUUGUCAACUUGGUGGUGGAAAGUAGUCCAACUUUAGCAAAUUUAGGCAGAGUUGCACAAGUGCUGAGACUCAUGAGGAUCUUUCGCAUCUUAAAGCUUGCUAGACACUCCACUGGUCUCAGGUCUCUUGGAGCCACCCUGAAGUAUAGCUACAGAGAGGUGGGGCUUCUUUUACUUUACCUCUCUGUUGGCAUCUCCAUUUUCUCAGUAGUGGCUUACACCAUUGAGAAAGAAGAGAAUGAGGGGCUAGCCACCAUCCCUGCUUGUUGGUGGUGGGCUACUGUUAGCAUGACCACAGUUGGCUAUGGAGAUGUUGUGCCAGGGAGCACUGCUGGCAAGUUGACGGCAUCUGCAUGCAUCCUAGCUGGUAUCCUAGUGGUAGUGCUUCCCAUUACACUGAUCUUCAAUAAAUUCUCCCACUUUUACAGGCGUCAGAAGCAGUUAGAGAGUGCCAUGAGAAGCUGUGAUUUUGGUGAUGGCAUGAAAGAAGUUCCAUCCAUCAACUUAAGGGACUACUAUGCUUAUAAAGUUAAAUCCCUUAUGGCUAGUCUGACCAAUAUGAGCAGGAGCACCCCCAGUGAGCUGAGCCUGAAUGAUUCACUGCAUUAGUGUACAAGUCUGACAGCAGUUUGCAUGAGAGCUAUCAAGAGCUAUGUUUAUAAAUGUUUUUCUCCCUUUUUUUUUCUUUUUUUUUUUUUUUUUCUAAAGGAUAGUGUUGCUGACACUGCACUUUGCACUUGAGGAACUAAAGACAUUUCUAUUCCAAGUUGACAGUUUGCACAUUUUCAUCCUGUUGCAUUGGAUACUAAAUGCUGUCCUUUCCAUGCAAAUGUUACCACUUUCAUGACAUCAGUGCUAGUGGUAUAAAGAUGAUCUGUUACUUUGUGCAUUUUAUCAUCUGAGCAGAGAAAUGAACGUAGACAAGUGGAAUAAAAAAUUUCAGAUGUGACAUGAGUAAUGAAAAAAAUCACCCAUCACCUAUACUGGUAUCUGAACUGGUGUAGGACUUCCAUGCAUUUUACAACAGUUUAAAACAAUCACCUGUGAAUCACUGAUAUGGGAACACUUUUAUCCAUAUUGCUGACUAGUUAUUCUGAUUGUCACUUGUCUGAAAACUCCACUAAGUUUGCUUACUCUUGAGUAUGUGUGUUAAAAUCUGGGUGUUCUUGUUCUGAAGUGUUAUGUGUAGUAAUAUUUUUCAGAAUCUCCUAAGCAUAGACCUUCCUCUGCUUCCAAGAUUAGGUCAAUACUGAACCCUCUGAAGAAGACAACCCCUCACAUUCAGAUAGCUACAUAUUCAAAUACUGCAUUUCCACUAAUGACUCUAGGUAUAGAGGCACACAUACACCUCUCAGGAUGCCAUUUCCAGAAGUGAUCUUUUCCCAGCGCGGUCCCAGUGCAGCCUGCAAUAUGCUGUCUCAGUCCCUCAAAAUGGUUCUGAGAUUAGACACACAAAGACGUGGGCUUUCAACAAUUAGAAGCUCCAAUGAAAAACUUGGAUUUGUUUAAUUAAGUGAAAUAUUCCCACAUGAACUGUACAGGCAGCAUUUUAGGAACUGACAUUCAUAUACUGCAAAAAGACUAAUUAUAAAGAUGCCAUAUGUGAUGCUGAGAUAUAAAAUCUAAUUUUAUCAGAAAAGCUUGAAAGCAGGUGUUGAUGACAGACAAUUCCAUUAAGAUUUCUGCCAAGGAAACUAUAAGGAAAAAAACACCCUGUCAAGUCACAUUUUUCCUCAGAAAGAAACUCACAGUUUACAACUAAGGGAGAGCAUAAGGGCCUAAGAAGGGAACAGAUAAAGAAAAAGAGCUUAAUACUGCACCAACUGUGGGUAGAUCCUCCUACCUAUUUAUGUGACGUAAUCAAUGUAAAUCCUUUCAAGGGCUGGCAUGUACUUUUUUUAAAAAAAAGAAAACAAAACUGAAAAAGACAUGAGAGAACAGAUCAUCUAGGACUUCCAGAGUAAUCAUGGAUCUGCAUAAGUUUGUUUUUUGAGUGCUCAUUCUCUUCCCUUACAGAGUUUUACAGAGAUCAAACACUUGUAAUCAACAGGUAGAAGCCACUGUUGUGUGGCUGUUUUAAAUUCUUGGGAUCUGUGCAAGAAAACAAACUACUGGUGCUCAGCGGGCAGAACAGCAUUUCUCUUCAGAUCCUGCUGCUUUUCCAUCCCAUUUAUUGCAUUUAAUGUUCCAAUUAUUUUGUUUGUUUCUUUGUUUGUUUUACUUGUGAAGAGAGGUUCAGAAAUUAAAUUCAGACUAGUCAGAAGAGAAAAUAAAAUACUAAAGCUAAAAUUGUCACGUUUGGAAGACUGUUUUUGUAUACCAUGACAAGGGGCAGCCUAACUGACAGAAUAAAGGAAACAUGGCAUGAAUAGGUAAUUGCCUCAUUUAGGCUACUAGAGGUUGCUGUCUGAUCUGUAUCUUUUGAUGCUUUGCUGCAUCAGCUCCACCUAUAAACAGGAAGCUGAGCAUGCAGGAUCACAUUCCUCUUUGCCCAGUGAUCUAUCACAGAAUACACGGUGUGAAAUAAAUUACCCCUUGCCCCAUUUGCUUUGAAAAUACUCUCCCCUCAUGUCAGUUAGUGACUGAUUUAGGCCAUGAAGAAUGAGGGAAAUGGUCCUUUCCAACCUCACCAAAGAUCUCAGCAGAGCCUGCGCAAGUUAUGAAGUCCAUUGGCAAGCCAUUGCUUGCUGUCCCUGAAAAUCAAAGAGCCAUAUAUGUGUUCCUGAGGGGAGACCUAGAUAACCUGAAUUUGAUAUCCAGACUUGAAACAUUUUGCUAAGGUUUUCACUUUUGGAGGGCUGGUUCAAGUUCUCUGCUAGGUGACAGGCAUAAAUUCAGUACUCUUGUUCCUGAUUCAUAUUGCAUGUGUGUCAACUAUCACACGCCUACAAACAUCCUCCCAGAGCGUGGGCCAGCCUGAGGUCACCUGCUGGACUGAAAUACCAAGAAAGAAGUAAGGGAGGAAGAGGUGGGCAUGUGCAGCUCAUGUACUGUGAUCAGGUUACCUGCUGCAAGGUUGGCAUGCUCUCCUCCUGAUGCAAGCUUUCACUAAUUCUGUUGGCUGGGGUCCUUCAAAGAAUCCAGCUCCAAGCAGUGGUUUUAUCUGUUUCAGAAACGGUAGGUUCACAGAGCUGAAAACCAGUGCCUUUCAGGGUAGUUAUUUGAUGAGACCUGUAGACUUGCCAAAGAGUCACAAAUUUCCUCAGCUGUUGCUAGUUUAACAUUGCAAAUGUUGGAUCCAAACUUUACAACACAUCAUUUCAAUAACCUAUAGCUUAUCUUAUGUUCUAGAUUUAUUAUUAUUUGUAGGGCUGAUUCUCUGCCAUUUCUGCCAAUAUUGAAUGGAACGUGUCCAAACUGCAUUUUACUAAAGAAAAUGAAAUACUCUAAGGAAUUUUGACUUUUAUUGUACUGGUUGAAAGGAAUUUUCAUUAUUGCAUUUUUAUAUAAGUGCUUUGGAUCAAAGACACUAAGUAAAUAAAGUACUGAAAUUUAA